GGAUUUUCAAAUAUGUUGAUAUUAUCAUUUGAAAUCUCAAUAUGAGUUUUAAAUCACUGGAUUAAUAAUUUAAGAAAUUAUAAAGGAUAAAUUUCUAUUUAGUAUUAACCAGCCAGCAUCUCAUAACCUAGUAAUAAGAUCAAAUUUUUGAAAGAUGCCUAAAAUGCUUGACACACUUUGAGUGUUUGAAUUUGAAGAAGGAUUUUUAGGAAAAUCUAGAUAAGCAAUUAUAAUUAACAAAAAAAUGGUUCUGAAGACUAUUGCCAAGCCAAAAUCCAAUAUAAUAAAGAAAAUGUGAUAAUAGUUUUACUUAAAACACAUACAUAUUCUUUAAAAACAUAACAAUGGUGCAUUUAAAGUUCCAGAGAAAUUAGGCUGCAAUUGAUUUAUUAUUAGCGGAGCACUAUCAGAAAUGGUUAAAAUUUAAUUUUUUUGGAUACAAGCAAGUAAGC